GUGGUGGACGGCGAGGUGUACCCCCCGACAGUCACUGAUGCUCCAGUUCACAUGGUCUACCCGUCUGCCAUCCCCAAGGAGAAGCAGCUGGCGAUAGGGUUUGGGCUGCUGCCGGGGCUCUGCAUGUACGCCACGCUCUGGCUGCGUGAGCACAACCGCGUCUGCGACAUACUGAAACGGGAGCAUCCCACCUGGAGCGACGAGCAGCUCUUCCAGACGGCUCGUCUCAUCCUCAUCGGGGAGACCAUCAAGAUCAUCAUUGAAGACUACGUCCAGCACCUCAGCGGGUACUUCCUCAGCCUCAAGUUCGACCCUGAGCUGCUCUUUGGGACGCAGUUCCAGUACCGGAAUCGCAUCGCGGUGGAGUUCAACCAGCUCUAUCACUGGCACGGGCUGAUGCCCGACUCCUUCGUCAUCCAGGGGGAAGAGUACAGCUACGAGCAGUUCCUCUACAACACCUCCAUGCUCAUGGACUACGGCGUGGAGGCGCUGGUGGAGUCCUUUUCCAAGCAGAUUGCAGGAAGGAUCGGCGGGGGACAAACCAUCAACGCCAACGUCUUGGAAGUGGCCGUUGGGGUCAUCAAGGAAUCCCGGCAGCUGAGGCUACAGCCGUUCAACGAGUAUCGGAAGCGGUUUGGGAUGAAGCCCUACGAGUCCUUUCGGGAGCUAACAG